AUUCCCCACUGGGCCACCCGACUGUCUGGGACAGUGCCUUGCCAGCCGCCAGCGGCCAUGGCUGGGCCUGGAGGCCUCCUCCCGCUCUGCCUUUUAACCUUCUGUCUGGCAGGCUCCACCAGCUUCAUGAGCGAGCCAAAGGUGCGCUCCAAACGCUGUGACACGAAGACCAAGUUUUUCACCCACACAGCGUGCAUCCCAUGCACCACCACCGGGAGGCGGAUGUGUCCCCUAGGCUGGAACCGGGAGUUUCCUGAGAAGAUUUCCCGGGACUGCAGCUACGAGGUGCACCUGGGGGAAGCCAUGCUGUCCAUAAAAGGCUGCAGACAGGAAUGCUGGAAGGAAGAAGUACAAGAGGCCUGCUGCCCUGGCUACUGGGGACCGAAGUGCUACGAGUGUCCCGGGGGAGCUGAGACCCCAUGCAAUGGCCAUGGGACCUGCCUGGACGGCCUGAGCAGGAAUGGGACCUGCGUGUGUGAGGAAAACUUCAGUGGCUCAGACUGUCAGGAGUGUCGGGAUCCUGGCCGGUUUGGGCCUGACUGCCAAUCUGUGUGCGGCUGCGUGCAUGGCGUAUGCAACAACGGGCCUCGUGGGACCGGGAGCUGCCUGUGCUUUGCUGGCUACACCGGGCCUCUCUGUGACCAAGCGGUGCCGGCCUGCCAGCUUCUGCAGUGCCCCAAGAACUCACAGUGCUCUGAGAAGGUCCCCUCCUGCCAGUGUCUGCCCGGCUACACCAAGGAGGGCAAUCAAUGCCUAGCCCCUGAUCCCUGCCAGCCACAAUCAUCACCCUGCUCCCCGAAAGCCCAGUGCUCAGUGAGCCCUACGGGGAAGGCCCAGUGUCACUGCCAGGAGGGUUACAAUGGCAACGGGAAGGUGUGUUUGCCUCAUGACCCGUGCUCUGUCAACCACGGGGGCUGCCCCAGAAACACCACGUUGUGCAUGUCCCAUCAGCCAGGCAAGGCCUUCUGUUCGUGUAAGCCUGGACUGACUAGCAGGAACUUCAAUGCCUCCGCUGGUUGUUUCGCUGUCUGCUCCCCUCACACCUGUGCCCGGUCAGCCACCUGCCGGGUGACCCCCGAAGGGAAGACCAGCUGCAUAUGCAAAGAGGGUGAGGUGGGAAACGAGUAUUCCUGCUACAGCCACCUGCUCCACGAGAUACAGAAGGCCAGCCAGCCGGGCCUGGUGCUACUGCGUCUGAAAGCCGCCCUCAACAUGCUGAGUCAGGGCUGCAAGGAGCUACUCACUACAUCUGGCCCAUUCACUGUCCUCGUGCCUUCAGUCAUCAGCUCCUUGAAGGACAUGAACACGUCCUUUGCCCAGCAAUUGUGCAGACAGCACAUCAUCGCAGGGCAACACAUACUGGAGGAGAAGUUCUCACUGACACAGACACAGACACAGGCACAGACACAGAUACAGAAACAGACGUGGUGGACCCUGGCUGGGCAGCUCAUCACUGUCUCCUUCAACCAGUUCACACGCAAACACGUCUACGUGUAUGAUGACCAGCCCCAGAAAAAGCUCAACUUCAUCAGAACCAACUAUGCAGCAGCCAAUGGCAUUUUCCAUCUGGUCAGCACCCUGCGGUUGGACCCCCCCACAGGCUUUCCUGGGGACCCCGAGAGAACGAUCGGCCGGAUCCUCGCCUCCACUGAAGCCUUCAGUCGCUUUGAGACCAUCCUGGAGAACUGUGGGCUGCCCUCCAUUCUGGACGGACCUGGGCCUUUCACAGUCUUCGUCCCAAGCAACGAGGCUGUGGACAGCUUGCGAGAUGGUCGCCUCAUCUACCUCUUUACAUCAGGUGUGUCCAAACUGCAGGAGCUGGUGAGGUACCACAUCUACAACCACGGCCAGCUGACUUCUGACAAGCUCAUCUCCAAGGGUCGGGUCCUCACAAUGGCAAACCAGGUCCUGACCGUGAACAUCUCCGAGGAGGGGCGCAUUCUGCUAGAACCUCAUGGGAUCCCACUGCGACAAGUGGACGUGCAGGCUGCCAACGGCGUGAUCCAUUUGCUGGAGGGCAUCCUGCUGCCUCCGACCAUCCUACCCAUCCUGCCCAAGCACUGCAGCGAGGAGCAGCACAAGAUAGUGGCGGGUUCCUGUGUGGACUGCCAUGCUCUGAACACUAGCAAGUGCCCUGACAACAGCAUAGAGCUGGACAUCUUCCCCAAAGAGUGUGUCUACACUUACGACCCCGCUGGGCUCAAUGUCCUGAGGAAGGGUUGUGCUCGCCACUGCAACCAGACCAUCAUGAAGCCCGGCUGUUGCAAAGGAUUUUUUGGGCCUGACUGUGCACAGUGUCCAGGCGGCUUCUCCAAUCCCUGCUACGGCAAAGGCAACUGCAGUGAUGGGAUCCAGGGCAACGGAGCCUGCCUCUGCUUCCCAGACUACAAGGGCAUUGCCUGCCACAUCUGCUCCAACCCAAAGAAACAUGGAGAGCGGUGCCAGGAAGACUGCGGCUGUGUCCAUGGUCUAUGCGACAACCGUCCAGGCAGUGGGGGUGUGUGUCAGCGUGGCACGUGUGCCCCUGGCUUCAACGGCCGCUUCUGCAAUGAGUCCACAGGGGACUGUGGGCCCACAGGCCUGGCCCAGAACUGCCACCAGAACGCCCGCUGCGUCAGCAAGGGGGACAGCACCAGGUGUGUCUGCAAAGAUGGCUUUGAGGGCGAUGGCUUCACCUGCACCCCCAGCAACCCUUGCUCCCGCCCAGACCGCGGUGGCUGCUCAGAAAACGCCGAGUGUGUCCCUGGUGCCUCAGGUACCCACAACUGCACGUGCCACAAAGGCUGGAGUGGGGAUGGCCGGGUCUGUGUGGCCAUUGAUGAGUGUGAGCUGGACACUCGAGGCGGAUGUCACGCCGACGCCCUCUGCAGUUACGUGGGCCCUGGGCAGAGCCGGUGCACCUGCAAGCUGGGCUUUGCUGGGGAUGGCUACCUGUGCAGCCCCAUCGACCCCUGCCGAGUGGGCAACGGAGGCUGCCACAACCUGGCCACCUGCCGGGCUACUGGGGGCGGCCAGCGGGUCUGCACCUGCCCCUCUGGCUAUGGGGGUGAUGGCCUCAGCUGCUAUGGAGACAUCUUGCAGGAGCUGGAGGCAAAUGCCCACUUCUCCCUCUUCUUCCAGUGGAUCAAGAGUUCGGGGGUCACCCUUCCUGCCGACAGCGGCGUCACAGCCCUGGUGCCCUCUGAGUCUGCCAUCCGUAGCUUGAGCCCCAAGGACCGGGCUUUCUGGCUCCAGCCGAGGAUGCUGCCUCAGCUGGCAAGGGCCCAUUUUCUCCAAGGAGCCCACUCUGAGGAGGAGCUGGUCCAGCUGGGUGGGCAGGAGGUGGCAACCCUGAACCCCACCACACGCUGGGAGAUUCGCAACAUUAGUGGGAGGGUCUGGGUGCAGAACGCAAGCGUGGACGUGGCUGACCUCCUUGCCACCAAUGGUGUCCUACACAUCAUCAGCCAGGUCUUGCUGCCUCCUCUGGGGAAUGCCUCGCAGGAGCCGGGGUUACUAAAGCAACUAGACUCUGUGCCAGCCUUCAGUCUCUUCCGGGAGCUGCUGCAGCGCCAUGGGCUAGUGUCCCAGAUUGAGGCUGCCCCAGCCUACACCAUCUUCGUGCCCACAAAUCGAUCACUGGAGGCCCAUGGCAACAACAGCAGCCUGGACGCAGACACAGUGCGACACCACGUGAUCCUGGGAGAGGCACUCUCCACGGAGAAUCUGAAGAGAGGGGGACAUCGCAACUCUCUCCUGGGCCCCGCCCACUGGCUGGUCUUCUACAACCACAGCGGCCAGCCUGAGGUGAAUCACCUGCCUCUGGAAGGCCCCCUGCUAGAAGACCCCAGCCGCUCCUUGUUCGGUCUGUCCGGUGUCCUGACGGUGGGCUCCAGCCGCUGCCUGCACAGUCAUGCCGAGGCCCUGCGGGAAAAAUGCACCAAUUGCACCCGGAAGGUUCGCUGCUUGAAGGGCUACCAGCUGCAGGACACCCCCCAGAAGAGCUGUGUCUACAGAUCUGGCUUAUCCUUCUCCCGAGGCUGUUCUUACACGUGUGCCAAGAAGAUUGAGGUGCCUGACUGCUGCCCUGGCUUCUUUGGCACACUGUGUGAGCCGUGUCCUGGGGGCCUGGGUGGCGUGUGCUCGGGCCAUGGUCAGUGUCAGGACAGAUUACUGGGCAGUGGAGAGUGUCGCUGUCAGGAGGGCUUCCACGGGACAGCCUGCGAGAUGUGUGAACUGGGUCGCUACGGGCCCAACUGUACCGGAGUGUGUGACUGUGCCAAUGGGCUGUGUCAGGAGGGGCUGCACGGAGACGGAAGCUGUGUCUGUAAUGUGGGCUGGCAGGGUCGCCGCUGUGACCAGAAAAUCACCAUCCCUCAGUGUCCAAAGAUGUGUGACUCCAAUGCCAACUGUGUUCAGGACUCAGCUGGAGCUUCUGUCUGCGUCUGUGCUGCAGGAUAUUCAGGCAACGGCACCCACUGUUCAGAAGUGGACCCCUGUGCCCAUGACCAUGGGGGGUGUUCUCCCCAUGCCAACUGCACCAAGGUGGCACCUGGACAGCGGACAUGCACCUGCCAGGAAGGCUACACGGGUGAUGGGGAACUGUGCCAAGAGGUUAACAGCUGUCUCAUCCACCAUGGCGGCUGCCACGUUCACGCUGAGUGCAUCCCUACAGGUCCCAAACAGGUCUCCUGCAGCUGCCGUGAGGGUUACAGCGGGGAUGGUAUCAGGACCUGUGAGCCUCUGAAUCCCUGUUCAAAGAACAACGGAGGCUGCAGUAUCCAUGCAGUGUGCAAAAGCACAGGGGAUGGCCAGAGGACAUGCACCUGCAACUCAGCCUACGCUGUGGGGGACGGAAUCACCUGCCGUGGUCGAGUUGGCAUGGAGCUCAUCCGGGACAAGCAUGCCUCAUUCUUCAGACACAACCUCCUGGAGUCCAAAGAACUUUGGGGUGAUGGGCCUUUCACUAUCUUCGUGCCGCGCUCAGAUCUGACGACCAAUCUGACAUUGGACGAACAGGCCCGGAUUGGCGCACACCGCCGCCUCGUCUUCCGAUACCACGUGGUGGGCUGUGGGAAACUGCGGAGCCCCGAGCUUCUGGAAGCUGAGUACAUCACGACGCUCUCUGGGCACUCACUGCGCUUCAGUGAAAGGGAGGGCGAUAUAUACAUCAAUGACUACGCACGCAUUGUGAGCAGCGACCACGAGGCGAUGAAUGGCAUCCUCCACUUCAUUGACCGUGUUCUGCUGCCUCCUGAUGUGCUGCACGCGGAGCCUACCGCUGCCCCAAUCUUGAAGAAAAACGUCAUCGAUGCUGCUGAGAGCUUCGGUUACAAGAUCUUCAGCCGUCUUGUGAAGGACGUUGGCCUCCUGUCUUUGCUUCGACAUGUGGACCAUGGGCCCUUUACAAUGCUGUGGCCCACAGACUCCGCCCUGCGAGCUUUGCCCCAAGAGCGCCAGGCCUGGCUGUACCAUGAGUAUCAUCGAGACAGGCUGGCAGCCAUUCUGAGGGCCCAUGUGAUCCACAAUGUUGAGGCCUUGGCAGCAGACCUGCCGAACCUGCGUGCACUUCGCACCAUGCAUGGGAACCUUAUCUCCUUCUCCUGCAGCCGCACCCGACCGGGCGAGCUCAUGGUGGGUGACGGUGAUGCCCGCAUUGUGCAGAGGCACCUACCCUUUGAGGGUGGCUUGGCCUAUGGCAUUGACCAGCUACUGGAGCCACCAGGCCUUGGUGCCCGCUGUGACCACUUUGAAUUCAAGGAAUAUAAGAUGGAUUGCACCCCCUGUUGGAGGGACCUCUCUUGUCCUCCGGGCUGGAAGAAGAAGGACAAACCUGAGGAAUGCUGGGGAGUCAGUGCCGACAGGCCAUUUAUACCAAUAUUUUGGCGGAGUAGUAUCAUGUUACACUAUUACAUGGAACAGCAUAAGGGCUGCAAGCAAAAGUGCAUCACCACUGAGUGGAAGCCCACCUGCUGCCCUGGCCACUAUGGCAGUGAGUGUCGAGCAUGUCCUGGAGGCCUCAACAACCCCUGCGGGGGUCAUGGCACGUGCUUGGACGGCGUGAACGGCAGUGGCCAGUGCAAUUGCCAUUCAGGCUUUACUGGGACAGCUUGUGAACUCUGUGCCCCAGGGUCUUUUGGACCCAACUGUCAAGCCUGCCGCUGCACCUCCCAUGGCCAUUGCGAUGAAGGCCUCGGGGGAUCUGGCGCCUGCUUCUGUGAUGAAGGCUGGAUGGGACCACGCUGUGAGGUGCAGCUGAAGCUGCAGCCUGUGUGCAUCCCACCCUGCGCCCCUCAGGCUGUGUGCCGGGUGAACAACACCUGUGAGUGCAGCCUUGGCUAUGAAGGAGAUGGGCACGUGUGCACAGUGGUGGACCUAUGCCAGGAUGGGCACGGGGGCUGCAGUGAGCAUGCCAACUGCAGUCAGGUGGGCACAGUGGUCACUUGCACCUGCUGGCCUGACUAUGAGGGUGACGGCUGGAUCUGCCGGCCUCGCAACCCCUGUGAAGAUGGCCACCGUGGGGGCUGCAGCGAACAUGCUGACUGCCUGAACAUCGGCCCGAACACACGGCGCUGCGAGUGCCACGCUGGCUAUGCGGGUGAUGGGCUGCUGUGUGUGGAGGAGUUUGAGUUGCCUGUGGACCGCUGCCUGGACCAGCCCCGACCCUGUCACAUAGAUGCCACGUGCACUGACCUGCACUUUCAGGAGAAACGGGCUGGGGUCUUCCAUCUCCAGGCCUCCAGUGGCCCUUACGGCCUGAAUUUCUCAGAGGCUGAGGCAGCGUGCAAGGCCCAGGGAGCUGUCUUAGCGUCUGUCUCUCAGUUGUCUGCUGCCCAGCAGCUGGGCUUCCACCUGUGUCUUGUGGGCUGGCUGGCCAACGGCUCAACAGGCUACCCCGUCGUUUUUCCCAAGGAAGACUGCGGCGGCAACCGGGUGGGCGUAGUCAGCCUGGGCCUCAGUCAGAACCUUUCAAAGCAUUGGGACGCCUACUGUUACCGAAUUGAAGAUGUGAUAUGCCAAUGUCACAAUGGUUUUGUGGGCGACGGGACCAGUAUGUGCAAUGGGAAGUUGCUUGAUGUCUUGGCUGCUACGGCGAACUUCUCUACCUUCUACAGGAUGCUGCUGGACUAUGCCAAUGCCAGCCAGCAAGGUCUUGAGUUCCUGGAUUUCCUGGAUGACGAGCUCACCUACAAGACACUCUUUGUCCCUGUCAACGAAGGCUUUGUGGACAACAUGACGCUGAAUGGGGCUGACCUGGAGCUGCACGCCUCCAACGCCACCUUCCUGAGUGCCAAUGCCAGCCAGGGGACCUUACUCCAGGCCCACUCGGGCCUCAGCCUCUUCAUCAGUGACUCUGGCAACAGUUCCCGCACCCCUGUGGUACCAGGGGCAGUAGUGGUUGGCAGUGUCAUCCAGUGGGACAUCGAAGCCUUGAAUGGCAUCAUCCACACUCUGGCUAGCCCCCUCCUGGCACCUCCACAGCCUGGGGCAGUGUUGGCACGUGAGGCCCCACCUGUGGCAGCAGGCGUGGGGGCCGUGGUGGCUGUGGGAACACUCCUCGGCCUGGCAGCUGGAACCCUCUACCUCCGUGCCCGGGGCAAGACCAAGGGCUUUCGCUUAUCCACCUUCCAGGCAGAAGCUGAUGCUGAUGACGACUUCUCCCUGUGGCAGGAGGGAACCAGCCCGACCCUGGUCUCUGUCCCCAACCCUGUCUUCGGUAGCCCUGAAGACUUCUGUGAGCCCUUUGACGAUUCGCUGCUGGAGGACGACUUCUCAGACACCAAGAGGAUCCUGGCAGUCAAGUGA